AUGGCUGCGGGUAUAAUUGGAUUAAAAAUAUUUCUGAUACUCUCAUUGUCACAUCAAGGCUACUCCUACAACCCUAAAGGGAUGAUGAGUAAAGACGCAAUAUUGUCCAACGCCCCUUGGAGUAUUAAAUUGCUUCUACUAAAAGACAUAAACCUUAACAAGAAUAAGAGACCAAGGAAUAACUUUAUGUCACGGCGAGUUGGCAUGGAGUCCUUAGUUCUAAGGAGACAAGAGGACACCAUAACUCCCCCUUCAGAUGAUGACCCAGUGCUCCCCCCUCAGGAAAUAAGGGACGACGACAGCAACAUGAGAUUAAAAUUAUUCCGACUUAUGUACGAAACAGUACGGGAUAGUGAUCUCAAAGUUAAAAGGGCAGAACUCAUUAGAAAGCAUUACGUAAAUUCAACCGCUUUCGAAGUUGGGUUUCUGAUGGGAGAAGUACAAGAAAAAUAUGACAUAAUAGUAGAAUUUUCUGGAACAUUGAAGAAGUUUUACCACAAAUGGAAACCGAUAGAACAUAUAAAUGCGUAUGAGCAAAUAGCCAAUUAUGGAAUACAGAUCAAUCAUUUAACAGACUUGAUUCGAACCAUUAGCAAGAAUGGUUCUCUUACGUAA